AUGGUCCUCAAGAAUAAUUUUCAUCUAAGACAAAUAAUUUUUUUUUCGACAACACCAUUAAAACACAACGAGAAUGUCCCGCAAACUCAGAACAGUACGCUGAAGAUAAUAAACUUUGCUAAACAGAUAAAUGCCCGGGGGUUACCUGUUCUCCUUGCUCUCGUAAACAAAGCGUAUUUGCCGUUCGUAUACAGCUGGUUAUGCAACACCAUGUACAUGGGCAUUCAUAGGCAGGUGUUAUUCAUCACAACAGACAGCUACUCUGAGAAAAAGAUAACGAAAGACUGGCCAGAUGUUGGAGCUUUUACUGUACUUGAUCUGGAUGAACUGAGUGGAGCACAGGAGUAUAGCAAAGUGGGUUAUGUACGCUUGGUGGUAAGACGGACAGAAAUAACACUGACACUGUUAAAAGAACGCAUCAAGUUGCUUCUCUUUGAGGUGGAUUGCCUUUGGUUUGCCAAUCCACUUUCACUGUGCGAGAAAGAGGCGAAGGGGUAUGACAUCGUUGCAGCGUCGGUAUCAAAUAGACCGGGAAUGGUGGGAUUCGGUUUUCUGUACAUGCUUCCAACAAACACAAUGAUAGCGUUCUGGGAGUUGCACACACACAGCGGCUGCAGAAGUAGAACCCUGGCGGGUAGUGAGGCUGACCAACCCUACUUGAACCGGCUGAUCAAAGCUAAGUAUGCCGGUAUUAAGGUCAAUAUGUUGCCUUUAAACCUGCUUGCGGAUGGCUGGUGGUACAAUCUGUCGGAUAAGGAAAAGAAAAACAUUAAACCAUUAAUCGUCAACAACAACUGGGUAGUUGGGAAUAAGGGAAAGAUCCAGAGGGCCAAAAGGUUUGGACAUUGGUUUUGGAUAGAGGAAAGUGGAAAGUGUGAUACGAAACUGGUAAAUAAAACUGUAUACUAAGACGAAUACAAUUAAUUUUACAUUCAAUAUACUGUCAAUUUUUUUAAAACGAUCGGUAUAUCCACUGUAUUAUUCCGGGCCUAAUUAUGAGCGUGCAUGGUGAAUGAAACAUAUAACAUUUAAAAUAAUAAUUAAAAAUCUACGAAAUGUCGCAAUGUGUGGUAACAACAACAAAAACAACAAAGACAACAAGAUUUAGUGGAAGGACAAAAUAAAAAUAAUCAGUUCAUGUACUCAGUAUCAAAUUGUGAUUCCACCCACGCCCACAGCCGUUGUCACAACUUACUAUCAAAUAUCCAACAUUCCAAAACCAUUAAAUGUACGGAUUUUGUUUUACAAUAAAGGGACCAAAUCAUGAUUCAGUAUGUUAUGCUAUCCUACAAUUAAA